AUGCAGAUCACUCAAAGGUGCUUCCAAAAUGAAUAUUUGGACAACUUGCUACAUGCUUGCAAACCCUGUCACCUUCGAUGCUCAAACACCCCCCCUUUGGUGUGUCAGAGUUAUUGUAAUGCAAGUACUCCCAGUUCUCUGAAAAUCAUAGAUGUGAAUCUUUGGAUCUACUUAAGUGUGGGAAUAAUUUCAUCUUUGACAGUUUUCUUGCUAAUACUUAUACUGAAGAAAAGAAGCCCAGAGAGAUCAAAGGAUGAAUUGAAAAAUACAGAGACAAAAGCUGAGCUAAAGGAGAUUGUUAAAGUUGAUCUUGAUAGGAAUGAAAAUGAUGAUGCUGGAAUUUUCCCUAGAAACAGCACAGCUAUGACAUACAUGUUAGAAGAAUGCAAGUGUAAAGACUGUGGCAAAGGGGAUGUAGCCUCAGAUAUAUCCUUCCCAUUUCCAGCUAUGGAGGAAGGAGCAACUGUUCUUGUCACCACAAAAACAAAUGACUUUUGUAAGAGUUCACCAGGUUCCAUGAAUGACACUUUCAUGGGGCUAUAG